AUGAACUCAACUGUUAACCUCAUCGACGACGACGACGAUGGCAUUGAUUGGGUAGCAGCAUGUGAAGAAAUCGAUGUCGUUUUCCAAAAUCGCAAUCUCCCUUCCACUUCUUCUUCUUCUUCUUCUUACGUGAAGCCUACGAGUUUCGUUCCUCGCGAUGAUAGUGUUGAGAACAAGAAGAGGAAUGGGACGACCUCCAAGCAAUCCACGCUCGACAAGUUCGUUUUCAAGGCUGUCCCGAGGCCUCCACCGCCGAUUCCGGAUGUUCCGAAACCGGUCGAUGAAAAAGUGCCCCGCGUUGAGAUUGAUCCUGAAGCUGCCAAAACUUGGAUAUACCCAGGUUCAAUUCAUCUGCGUGACUAUCAAUUUGCUAUUACGAAGACGGCUUUAUUCUCAAACACAUUGGUGGCACUGCCAACAGGACUUGGAAAAACUCUUAUUGCUGCAGUUGUCAUGUAUAACUAUUUCAGAUGGUUCCCAGAUGGAAAAAUUGUUUUUGCUGCACCAUCUCGACCGCUUGUCACUCAACAAAUAGAAGCAUGCCAUAAUAUUGUGGGAAUUCCACAAGACUUGAUAAUUGAUAUGACUGGUCAAAUAACUCCCUCAAAAAGAGCCAGCUUCUGGAAAUCUAAAAGAGUAUUUUUCGUUACUCCUCAAGUGCUGGAGAAAGAUAUUCAAUAUGGCAGAUGUUUGGCCAAGCACUUGGUAUGCUUGGUGAUUGAUGAAGCUCACCGAGCUCUGGGAAACUAUGCUUCUUCUGGUGCCGUUCGUGAGUUAAUGGCUGUACCGGUGGAACUGAGAAUAUUAGCUUUGACAGCAACACCGGGAUCAAAGCAGCAAACCAUCCAGCAAAUUUUUGAUAACUUGCGAAUAUCAACACUUGAAUAUCGUAAUGAAAGUGAUGAAGAUGUCAGAAAAUAUGUUCACAACAGGAAGAUAGAGUUGAUUCAAGUUCCUAUGGGACAAGAUGCCGUUGAGAUAAAUGAUAAACUUUUGGAAGUAAUACGCCCACAUUUUCUGAGGCUUCGUGGAAUGCAAGUUCUCCAUGAUAGAGACUAUAAGACUCUGAGCCCAUGUGAAUUAUUAAAUUCAAGGGAGAAAUUUCGUCAAGCACCUCCUCAACACAUUUCUGAUAUCGAUUGCGGAGUGGCAGAAGGUUUAUUUGGAAUACUUCUCACCCUUUACCACAUACGCAAGUUACUUUCAAGCCAUGGAAUAAGGCCAGCACAUGAGAUGCUUGAAGAUAAAUUAAAACAAGGGUAUUUUGCAAGAUAUUUGAGUAAAAAUCAAGACCUAUUCAAAGCAAAGCUCAUAAUGGAGCAAAGCUUAAACCGCAAGGCUCUGAGUCCCAAAUUAUCCAAAAUGUUAGAAGUACUGCUUGAUCAUUUCAAAAAAAAUGAUCCAGAAAAUUCAAGGGUCAUUAUUUUCUCAAAUUUUAGGGGAAGUGUCAGGGACAUAAUGAACUCAUUGGUCACUAUUGGGAAUUUUGUUCGAGCUACUGAAUUUAUUGGGCAAAGUUCAGGAAAAACAUCGAAGGGCCAGUCACAAAAAGUACAACAGGCUGUUUUGGAGAAAUUUCGGGCAGGUGGAUUCAAUGUCAUUGUUGCCACAUCAAUUGGUGAAGAAGGCUUGGAUAUAAUGGAAGUUGAUCUUGUUAUAUGCUUUGAUGCUAAUAUUUCCCCAUUGAGAAUGAUUCAACGAAUGGGGAGAACUGGACGGAAGCAUGAUGGUCGAGAUUUACUAGUUCUGACAUGUGAAGGGCCAGAGUUGAAAGGUUACAUGCGAAAACAAGCAAAUAGCAAGACUGUGGGGAAACAUAUGCGAAAUGGGGGGAGAACUAGCUUCCAUUUCCAUCCUAGUCCAAGAAUGGUUCCCCAUAUAUACAAACCUGAAGUCCAAUAUGUUGAGCUUUCAAUUGAACAUUUUAUCCGCAGUGGAAAGAAAGUGAAGGAUGAUGACCAAAGAAUCACACCAGUGCUUAGAGAGAAACUAACUGAAGCUGAGAGUAAUUUAAUUGCCAAGUAUUUCUACCCAUCCGGCGGUAUCAAAUGGAAACCGUCUCUUAUUGCCUUUCCCUACUUCCAGACAUUUCCCUCAAGAGUUCAUAAUGUAAGGCAUUCAUAUAAAACGGGACUACUGAUUGAUGUAAUGCAAAGAUUGGAAGGACGGUCCUUUGGCGGUGAUAGCAAAAUUUCCCCGAUUAAGGAUGAAGUCAGCUUAGAGAAGGAUCCGGGAGUGGGCAAUGUUGAAAAACGUGAGAUCGGAGAAGAUUUGCUAUUUGUUGAUAAGUUUUCAAACCAAAAUCUGGAAGGCAAAUUAUUGGAUUCUGCAGCAUCACCUCGUACUGAGACCUCAGAAACCAAGGAGAAGCCUAGUGUGUGUGCUUUCCCUCAACAAAGUCCUGAUGGGCAUUCAUAUUACUUUGGUCCAGAUUAUAUUUCUGUUGAUGCUUUUGGAAAUGUUUUAAUUCUAUCUGUCCCUUUACUGACUUUCAAAGAAGUAUCACAUCCUAAGCAUACAAGUGAAAGAAAUUGCUUAAAACAAGUUUCUUGGCAUUUAAAUAAUGUUGAAGUUGACAAGGAUUUACCUGUCCAAGCUGGAGCUCUAGAGGAUCUAAUUACCUCUCAAACAAGAUGCCCAAAGGAUGGAAGUCCUAGGUCUAUUUGUGAUUCUGAUGCCUUGCAAGAGAAGGGAAUCCAUGGAAUUGAAAGAGUUCCUCAAACUCCUAUUAAGAAGGGAAAUUUGGAGGAUGAAGAUAGUAUCACUGAGACACCUGAUUCUAAAAUUAAGGCAUUGAGAUUUUUGCCUGAUGAGUACUGUAAUGAGUCCAGAGAUAUUGAGCUUAGCCCUCGUCUAACUAAUAUGAUCAUAAGUGGUGUUGUUCCAGAGUCUCCUGUCAAUAUCAAAGGAUUGUCACCUGGUAAAGAGAGAGAGUAUAUUGUUGCUGACCCUGUCUCGCCAGUCCAAUUUUAUAAUGAGCUGCCACUGAAGUCUUCAACUCCGGAGAAAAAUGAUAUAGUCAACAUAGAAAGCAACGCCUGUGGAAGAAAUGCCUCUGCUUCUCCUAUUAAUGGUGCAGUUCAAACUCCUCUUCUUUGUAAGGACAACAGUGCCAGUGUAAGAGGGUGUACUUCCACAUCCCCUAUUCUAGGAAAAUCUGAGAGUCCCUUCACAGACCUCACAAAUGAAAGCUGCAGCAGAAAUUGGUGUUUGAGUAUGGGAGACCAGUCAGAAAGUGUAAAACGGACACGGAAGUUUAAAAGGUUGCGCAAGGUUGGUGAUGAUGGAAAGAAUGAGAAUCUGCAGAGAGAGAAAGAUAGUUCCCUAAAGCCAAGAGCAAGUGGAAGAGGUAGGAAGAAGCCUAAUAAUGACAUGGUUCGAGCUUUCAUUGAUGAGGAAGCUGAGGCAUCCACAGAUUGUGAUACGUCUGAGGAUGAGGAAGAUGACCAAAAUAACAAUUCACAUGAUAGUUUCAUAGAUGACAGGACAUGUCCUACAAUUGCAGCUACUCAGUCAGCAACUAGUGGGACUGAUAUGAUGGCGAUUUACAGGCGUUCGUUGCUCAGCCAAUCACCAAUGCCUAGAUUACCAAGCGGCUCUGACACUUUAACAACUCCUAAUUCUAUGGCCCCCACUCCCAGAACAAGCGAAAGGGGAAGUGGUUCUGGCAAGGCAUCUUUCUGUUUACAGACGCCUCUAACGGAUUCAACAAAUCAGUCAAAGAACAGCAGGGAUUCCAAGCCCUCCUUUCGAAUUAAUCACAAAACAGAAGCCGUGCCUUGUUCAGCUACUAGUGUUUCCUCAAAAUGUGAAGGAGAUAACGUCAGUAAAAAGAGAAAAUUAAGCUUUUGUACCUCAAGUUCUGUGCCCACUAUCAAUUUGGAGCAAGAGUUUCAGCGCGAGUGCGAAAUGGUUUGUGAUAAUGAUGAUGAUGACAACUUUUUUGAUAGUAUUGACUUGGAUGCCUUCGAGGCACAGGCUACUUUGCUUCUCAAGCAAAAAUCAGAGUUGUUGACGACGCAGAAACAGGAGGUAAUUAUGCCAGCAAAACCAGAGAGUCCUGGUUUUGAUUUCCCGUCAUUUGAUCUUGGGAUAUGAUAAUGAUUCUGAAGGGAAAUGCACAUCGCUUCUAAGCAGUGUCCUGCGGAAGUUUUAAGGAGAGAAUUAUAGAGCAACUUAAUAUAGGCAAUAAUGAUAACAAUGGUUUGGCAAGUAUUGUUUAUCAUUUCUUUUUUUUCCUGUGAAGAUCCAUUUUCAAGAUUGUUGUGAGCUUGGGG